CACACCUCUCCCGAGAACACUCGAAGAAGUAUGGAUCCUAGCGCUGCCGAAGGGGAGACGGCAUGGCUGGACUUGUCCGGCGAUGGGGGCGUGCUCAAAAAGAUCCUGGAGACUGGUGAUGAUGAGCGCGGCAACCCUCCCCCGGAGUAUGAGGUGUCUGCCCACUACACGGGUACCAUCGAGAGCGGCGAAAAGUUCGACUCUUCACGAGACAGGGGAAAGCCCUUCACCUUUCAAAUCGGAAUGGGCUCCGUGAUCAAGGCCUGGGAUAUUGGCUUCUCUAGCAUGACCAUCGGGGAGAAGGCGAUUCUGAAGUGCCGCGCCGACUAUGCCUAUGGGGACAGCCCCCCGGGCAGCGGCGUGAUUAAGCCGGGAGACACCUUGCUGUUUGACGUCGAGCUGCUGGGCUUUCACGAGAAGCCGAAGGAGAAAUGGGAGAUGUCCGCCGCGGAGCUCAUGGAAGAGGCCCUGAAGAUCAAGGAGGAAGGGACGGCGUUUUUCAAGGAGAAGCGAUUCUUCGAGGCCACGGAGCGUUACGUCGCAGCGGCGGAUACCGCCUCCGCCGUACCCGAGAAGACUGACCCGGGGGGAGAGGAAGAGGCGGCCGCCGUUGCUCUGGAGCUCUCGUGCUUCCUGAACGCUGCCCAAGCCUGCCUGAACGGCAAGGAGUGGGGCGACGCCAUCGCGCACGCCACCUCCGCGCUUGGCAAGGACCCCGACAACGUCAAGGCGCUCUACCGCAGAGGGGUCGCCAAGAGACACACCGGCAUGGUGGAUGAAAGCAAGAGCGACCUCAUGGCGGCCUACAAGCUUGACCCCAACAACAAGGCGGUCAGGAAGGAGCUUCAACUGCUCAAGGCUGCGAUGAAGGAGUCCAAGGAGAAGGCGAAGUCAGUGUUUGGCGGUCUGUUUGGCAAGGUCAGCAUGUACGACGACAAGGAAGGGGUUGUUGUCUUCGACGGCACCAACCCCAAGUGCUUCUUCGACAUCACGGUGGGAGACAAGGAGCCUCAGCGCAUCUCGUUCGAGCUGUACGCGAACACGUGCCCGAAGACGAGCGCAAACUUCCUCCACCUUUGCAAGGGCGACAAGGGAACCACCCCCGAUGGCGUCCCGUUGCACUACAAGGGCAGCAAAUUCCACCGCGUCAUCAAGAACUUCAUGCUUCAGUGCGGCGACUUCACUGCCGGCGACGGCACCGGGGGCUGCAGCAUCUACGGCGAGAAGUUCAAGGACGAGAACUUCCAGCUCAAGCACACGGAGCCCGGGUUGCUGUCGAUGGCAAACGCCGGCCCCAACACCAACGGCUCUCAGGUGUUCAUCACGUGCCGUGACACGCCCCACCUUGACGGCAAGCACGUGGUUUUCGGCAAGGUUCUGUCAGGCAUGGAGGUCGUGAAGGAGAUCGAGAACGUAGCGACCACCGCCGACAAGCCGAACGAUGACGUCGUCAUCGUAGAUUGCGGAGAGCUGCUACAAGAGGAAUCACCAGCAGAUGAGGCGCCUGCCUACGACGAAGCCAUGAAGGCAGAAACGCCCGAAACCGAGAACUAAAUAGUGAACUGGACCCGGAAAACGCCGCGGAACAUGCUGUAACUCCCCCCAGGACGAUUUGUUUUUGACCAGCUUGCCCUACCGGAGCGAGGCUGGCGAUAUUACCCAACAGCUUGCCUUUUGCUCGAGGUUAUCGUGGUGUGAAGAUCUGUUGUUGGGAUUCAGCGCCCCUCUCCCGCGUCCAGGGCGCGUCGAGCCGGAGUAGGGUUCUCGGCGGGCGGUACCGUAUGCCGCGAAACGGGCAUGUUUUUUUCUGCAUACGAUGGUGACGCGUAGCAGGUUGCGCCCCCCUGGUGACAAUAUUUCGGCCUCUCCCAACAAGCGCCCGGGCUGGUGUUUGUUGGAAGGGGUCGGGUGUCUGUCACGUUCCUCGAUUUCCAUUUGCCUUUCUAUAUGAGCUUUCAGGUGCGCUUUUAGCUCGGCGGGGAUGGUGCCUAUCGUGGCAUAACCCCCCACCGUCACCUACGGUGUACACCGUGGUAUGAAUAUUUUUUUCUUCGCACGUUUUGUUUUUUUCAUGCGGAGGGAUUACAUUUAUUUCUUUUCGUAUUUUUGGCGGGUGCACAUGUAGCAUUGGGCUUUGCGCGGAUUGACACUUGGGUGCUAUGGCUACAUGUACGGCUACUCCAUUUGGGUGCAGUGGUUGGUUUUAAGCGUGGGUGGGUGGAAGCGUGUAGUGUUGGGGUGUUGAUUUUGCAUGGCACGCUUCCACUUGGAUGGCCACUAGCCUCUUGUUGUAGGCAGGUUUGUAAUUCAGUGAGAAACUACAAGUUGGAAGGACGGGAGGCGCUGUUUUUCAUCGCGCACGGAAGGGGGCGUCUCCCCUCCCCGUUUUUUUAGGGAAUGUGCACGUUUCACUGAUUGAUCAGUGGACAUCCAGUAGAAAAAGGGCGGAAAUGGCUGUGCCGCAAGCUGAGAGGGGCACGUCAUGAACCGUUUGCUCGUGUCUAAGCUGAAGGGACAGGAAGAUGUUUUCCAAGUUGCAUGGAACAUGCAGCUGGUCCAUCGCUCACUCUGUGAGAAAAACAUGUACACGUAACUUUCGAGCAGGGCGUGCGAAGCGUAACACAUCAAAAUUG